AUGGGUGUGUCGGUUGAAGUGUCUGCAAAUAGCGGUAAGUUCUAACUUUGUAGCAUAUUAUUUUUUUCUGGUUAAUAUUUGUUCGUCGUGGUGGAUUGUUUACGGUCAAAAAUUCUCCUAGUCGGCGACUCAAGCUAAAAUCCUCCUAGACCCAAAAGAACGAUGCAAAUUUUCACCAAAAACUUACAUAUACAUUUUUUUAGACUCAGAGUAGGAGUAAGAUAGCGGGGAAAGCGAUUUAGAACUUACAAGUCAUCCAUUCUGUGGCCACCCGAAAGGAAAGGUAUUCGAUUUUUGUUUUUCUACAAGUCAUUGUAUUUUUAAUUAAUUUUAUAUCAACGAAAGUAUCUCGGUGUUGUUUUAUUGGGUAACAUUUUAUAAUUUUCAGGAAGUUCCCCUUGUCGAAAUCUUUUUUGUCCUGUCAGAACACCAAAGAAGCUGAAAAAGGCAUCGAUGAAGUUAGGCACUACUGUAUGCCAUAUAAAAUCUUCAAAAUUUAUUUAAGCUUACUGUAUAUAUAUUGAGCUUAACUAUUACAUUUUUUUUUUUUUAAAGAGGUGGAUAAAGGAGUUGUAGGCAAAGGAAAGAAUAAGACCUGUAGGGUAAAUCUGUCCACUUUAAUUUGACUGUUGUGUACGGUGACGAUAAUAAGCUUAUUUCUAGUGCCUUCAUACUUAGUGUUUUGCUUAAAACAAAUUUAUUUUGCAGGAUGUUCUCCUCGUUUGAAAGUUAUCUCCCAUGGAAACAGAUGUUUCCAUACAGUCCUUUAGCAAAGACGAACCAGCAAAAGAGGUUAAAGGAAAUAGGUACA